UUUGUAAGUGAUAUGUGUAUUUGUUUUUAGAUUGUGAUAUUGUAUUAGAUGGUGAUGAGUUUAUGAGACAACAUACCGAAGUCGAAACUACAUUAAUAGCUUCUGAGGAAAUUACCAAAUUGAUUAAUUUACCAAAUCAAGAAAAAGAGUUGAAUAGUAGAGAAUCACCUAGCGUAAACAACUUCAAGAAAAUAUCAAACAAGGUCAACGAAUCAACAUUUGACACUAUAAGACUUGAAGUCCUUAAAGAAGAAUCAGAUCUUAGAAUUAAAAGGCAGAAAAUAUUAAUUGAACAAGAUGCUGUGAUUCAUAAGAUACGUUUGGAAGAAGUCAAACAAAAUCUUUUAUUAGCUGAACAAAAGUACAAACUAUUUUUGAAAGAAAGUAACCAAAGCUGAUAAAAAAUGUGUAAAAGUAUUUUUCAUAAUGAGUAUUUUGUAGUUGUAAUAAAUGGCCAAGUUGUGCUAAAAUUGUAUUGUAAUGUUAUAGUUAUGAAUUGUUUAUAAAGUUAUAUUUUGUUUUUUUUUUUUAUAUACAA